GCCGCCGCCGCUGCUCACCCGCCACAGGAGCAGCCCUGGCAGUGCCGGAUGGAGUGGCUGCACCGGGGCCAGGGAGAGGGAGACGGACCGGGCCGGACAUGCUGGCCGCCCCGAGGACUGUGCCCGCUGGCGGGGGAAGACUUGGCCGCCUCCUUCCCAAGUGCUGCCGGUCUCCGCGGACACGCGUCUCCCCCGGAGUCAUCACCGGGGACGGGAGGACCUGCCGCUCGCCCCUGGACCAGGUGCCCUGAGGUGAGCGCCAGGCCCGCUGAGCCUCCCCAAGCCGCCAGCCAUGCCCGGGAUCGUGGUGUUCCGGCGGCGCUGGUCUGUGGGCAGCGAUGACCUGGUCCUGCCAGCCAUCUUCCUCUUCCUCUUGCACACCACCUGGUUUGUAAUCCUGUCCGUGGUGCUCUUCGGCCUGGUCUACAACCCGCACGAGGCCUGCUCCCUGAACCUGGUGGACCACGGCCGCGGCUACCUGGGCAUCCUGCUGAGCUGCAUGAUCGCUGAGAUGGCCAUCAUCUGGCUGAGCAUGCGUGGGGGCAUCCUCUACACAGAGCCCCGCGACUCCAUGCAGUACGUGCUCUACGUGCGCCUGGCCAUCCUGGUGAUCGAGUUCAUCUACGCCAUUGUGGGCAUCGUCUGGCUCACUCAGUACUACACCUCCUGCAACGACCUCACUGCCAAGAAUGUCACCCUUGGGAUGGUCGUGUGCAACUGGGUGGUCAUCCUGAGCGUCUGCAUCACCGUCCUCUGUGUCUUCGACCCCACGGGCCGCACCUUUGUGAAGCUCAGAGCCACCAAGAGGAGGCAGCGCAACCUGCGGACCUACAACCUGCGGCACCGCUUAGAGGAGGGUCAGGCCACCAGCUGGUCGCGUCGGCUCAAAGUGUUCCUGUGCUGCACGCGGACGAAGGACUCCCAGUCAGAUGCCUACUCGGAAAUCGCCUACCUCUUCGCCGAGUUUUUCCGGGACCUCGACAUCGUGCCAUCCGACAUCAUUGCCGGCCUGGUGCUGCUCCGGCAGCGGCAGCGGGCCAAGCGCAACGCCGUGCUGGACGAGGCGAACAAUGACAUCUUGGCCUUCCUGUCUGGGAUGCCAGUGACCAGAAACACUAAGUACCUCGACCUCAAGAACUCGCAAGAGAUGUUGCGCUACAAAGAGGUCUGCUACUACAUGCUCUUCGCCCUGGCGGCCUACGGCUGGCCCAUGUACCUGAUGCGGAAGCCGGCCUGCGGCCUCUGCCAGCUGGCCCGGUCCUGCUCGUGCUGCCUAUGCCCCGCGCGGCCCCGAUUCGCCCCUGGGGUCACCAUCGAGGAAGACAACUGCUGCGGCUGCAACGCCAUCGCCAUCCGGCGCCACUUCCUGGACGAGAACAUGACUGCGGUGGACAUAGUCUACACAUCCUGCCACGACGCGGUCUACGAAACUCCCUUCUACGUGGCAGUGGACCAUGACAAGAAGAAGGUGGUGAUCAGCAUCCGCGGAACCCUGUCCCCCAAGGAUGCCCUGACCGACCUGACGGGCGAUGCUGAGCGCCUCCCCGUGGAAGGCCACCACGGCACCUGGCUGGGUCACAAGGGAAUGGUCCUGUCGGCCGAGUACAUCAAGAAGAAGCUGGAGCAGGAGAUGGUUCUGUCCCAGGCCUUCGGGCGAGACCUGGGUCGCGGAACCAAGCACUACGGCCUGAUUGUGGUGGGCCACUCCCUGGGCGCCGGUACUGCCGCCAUCCUCUCCUUUCUCCUGCGCCCGCAGUACCCGACCCUCAAGUGCUUUGCCUACUCCCCCCCAGGGGGCCUGUUGAGUGAGGACGCCAUGGAGUACUCCAAGGAGUUUGUGACCGCUGUGGUUCUGGGCAAAGACCUCGUCCCCAGGAUCGGCCUCUCACAGCUGGAGGGCUUCCGCAGGCAACUCCUGGACGUCCUGCAGCGCAGCACCAAGCCCAAGUGGAGAAUCAUCGUGGGGGCCACCAAAUGCAUCCCCAAGUCGGAGCUGCCCGAGGAGGUGGAGGUGACCACCCUGGCCAGCACACGGCUCUGGACCCACCCCAGUGACCUGACCAUCGCCCUCUCGGCCAGCACCCCGCUCUACCCGCCCGGCCGGAUCAUCCACGUGGUCCACAACCACCCUGCUGAGCAGUGCUGCUGCUGUGAGCAGGAGGAGCCCACGUACUUCGCCAUCUGGGGCGACAACAAGGCCUUCAACGAGGUGAUCAUCUCGCCGGCCAUGCUGCACGAACACCUCCCCUACGUGGUCAUGGAGGGGCUCAACAAGGUGCUGGAGAACUACAACAAGGGGAAGACGGCCCUACUCUCUGCUGCCAAGGUCAUGGUGAGUCCCACCGAGGUGGAUCUGACUCCCGAGCUCAUCUUCCAGCAGCAGCCGCUGCCCACGGGGCCACCCAUGCCCGCUGGCCUGGCGCUGGAGCUGCCCACUGCAGGUCAUCCCAACAGCAGUGUCAGGAGCAAGUCCCAGUCCGAGAUGAGCCUGGAGGGUUUCUCCGAAGGGCGGCUGCUGUCCCCCGUGGCCGCGGCAGCCCGCCAGGACCCCGUGGAGUUGCUGCUGCUGUCCACGCAGGAGCGGCUGGCGGCGGAGCUGCAGGCCCGGCGGGCGCCGCUGGCCACCAUGGAGAGCCUGUCGGACACCGAGUCGCUGUACAGCUUCGACUCGCGCCGCUCCUCGGGCUUCCGCAGCAUCCGCGGCUCGCCCAGCCUCCACGCCGUGCUGGAGCGCGACGAGGGCCACCUCUUCUACAUCGACCCCGCCAUCCCCGAGGAGAACCCGUCGCUGAGCUCGCGCACCGAGCUGCUGGCGGCCGACAGCCUGUCCAAGCACUCGCAGGACACGCAGCCGCUGGAGGCGACGCCGGGCAGCGGGGGCGUCACCCCGGAGAGGCCCCCCAGCGCGGCAGCCAAAGAGGAGGAGGCGGCGGCGGCGGCGGCAGCGGCAGCGGCGGGCGGCAGUCCCACCCCCAGCCCCGCCCCCGCCCCCGCCCCCGCCCCUCAAGGGGAGCUGGCGCUGCACAAUGGGCGCCUGGGGGACUCGCCCAGCCCCCAGGUGUUGGAGUUCGCCGAGUUCAUCGACAGCCUCUUCAACCUGGACAGCAAGAGCAGCUCCUUCCAGGACCUCUACUGCAUGGUGGUGCCCGAGAGCCCCACCAGCGACUACACCGAGGGCCCCAAGUCCCCCAGCCAGCAAGAGAUCCUCCUCCGGGCCCAGUUCGAGCCCAACCUGGUGCCCAAGCCCCCGCGGCUCUUUGCCGGCUCGGCCGACCCCUCGUCGGGCAUCUCGCUCUCGCCCUCUUUCCCCCUCAGCUCCUCUGGGGAGCUCAUGGACUUGACGCCCACGGGCCUCAGCAGCCAGGAGUGCCUGGCAGCCGACAAGAUCCGGACUUCCACCCCCACGGGCCAUGGGGCCAGCCCGGUCAAGCAGGAUGACCUGGUCAUCUCGGCGCGUUAGCAUCCCCACAGCGGCUGCCAGCUGAGGCCCAGGCCAGAACAGGUGGCUGCCCCUUAGCUGGGCAGCUUUGAGGAGAGGCCCCUAGGGGCCAGGUAGCCCCAGGCAUGGGGCCUCACUGCUGAGCUUGGGGGGUCUGCAUCCCUACCUCAGCCUAGGACCCCCAGAGCCAAGGUGGCUGGGAUCUGGUCUCCCAGAUGCGGAAAGGUGGCAGAGCCCGGGCCAUCCUAAGCCUGACUGCCCCCAGCAGGGGCACCUGGCACCCCCUGUCCUGGGCCAGGCCUUGGGAAGCUGGCUCCCCUCGCUGCCCUCUGGCUGCGUUGCCAGGGCGGUGAUGGCGAGCAGCCCCUCCACACGUACUCUCAUCUGUGGGCCAGGCUGGCACUUGCCCUGCCCCCCCCCCCCCAGACCUGGUGCCUGCUGGCGGCCCACAGUGCUGUGUAUGUUUACAGAGGCUGCUGGGCUGGCUCAGGAUGUGCCCUGGGCGUGCAAGCCCCUCGUGCCCUCCCUGCCCUGGCAUGUGCUCAGUAACUUCCUUUCUGAGCAGGACCAGAGGCAGCCCAGGAGCCUGGAAGGGCAUGGUGGAGAAUGGGGUGAGAGUUGCCCCUUCUCUGCCAGUACCCCUUAUGCUAGCCCCUCGGUCUGUGGGUCCUGGGCACACUUGGCCCCAGGGCUCCCAGCCACUCAGAGGGCGGUGGGCACUGCUGUGGCUCCCCUGGCUGUAGACUCAGUGCCCUUGGAGGAGCGAGGCCACUAGGAGCCUCCUUCCUCCAAGUGUCCCCCAACUCCCUAUGUACCUCCCCUACCCAGUGCCUAGGCAGCUCUGGGCCCUGGGAUCUGAAACCAAACACUCCUCUGUCCACCUCACCUCUCUCCUCACCGGCCUGCGCUCCUACUUGGGAACUGGGUUUUCUUCCCUCCCACCCCCAGUAUCCUAUUGGCAGGAAGUGGGGCCAAGAGGGGGGUAUUGUGGGACUUGGCAAGACACCCUGUGCCCGCUGCCCAGGUUGGAGGCCAGGAGGCAGGGGGUUGCCCUGGUUUAGCCUGAGGCUCCCACAGGGGUUCCUUCCCUGUUGGGUUUGGGAAGCGGCUGGGAAGGUGGAGACUCUGCCUUUGUCCAGAGGCAGGCGUGGGGGAGGUUGUGCAUGCUAGUGUCAGGCGUGUGUGUGCAUGUGCAUGUGUGUGCACCAUUCCUGAGGAAGGGGCUGCUGGGCACUGCCCACCCUACCUGCCCUGCCUGCCUGCUGCGCCCCCCAGCCUGCCAAGAACACAGUGAGCAUGAUGGGGCCUGCAAGGUGGGGCCUCAGGAGGAGCUCAGUUUCAGACACCACUCGUUCCCCUUUUCUCACCUGCUGCUCUGACCCCUAGUUUGGAAGACGCCUGUACCGUGUAGCAGGCGCUGACUGCCUGCUGGUGCCUUCGUCCCCUUGGAGGCAUGAUCCCUCCCAGUCUGGCCCUACCCACAACCUCCCUGGGCCGCCUGGGCUUCCCUGACCAAGACCCUAUCUCGUGAUCACUGGGACCUGGAGGCAGAACCUUGUUCCCCCACCCCUCACAUGGCUGCCCUGGUUGGGGGCCCGGGGAGCACCUGCCAGCCCUGACAGACGGGGACAGAGACCCGGGAGCUGGGCCUCCCGCCUCGUCUGUGACGCACCCUCACCUGUCUCCAGGACACUCUUCCCCUGCUGAGGCACAGCCCCAGCCCAGCACAGAAGCAGGACAAAAUCAGAGGCUCUUAGAGCUUAAAAAGACAAAAUAUUAAAUCAGAAAAAAAGUUCCAACAAGCACCCAGCCAGUAGCAGCGAGAGACUCGGUGUCUGGCCUUUUAAUUCCUCCUGUGCCAGGGUGGGUCCUAGGCCCCCUUAAGGUGGGCGUAUCACCCACCCAUGCCCAGGCCUGAGCCAUCAGGGACAGACCCCCCCAACCCCAAGGCUGCAACCACGCCAUGUUACAGGCUUGGGGCUGGGGCAGGCUUGGACUCAGCCCUGGAUACCCAGGGUCAGCCCCCUCACUGGCCCCUCUCCACCAGCCCCAGAAGGAUGGGCCUGCUGCACGUCUCACUCCUCCACCCCAUGCCGCAUUCAGGGGGGUCUGAGCCACCCCCCUCAGCCCAGCUCGGCUCAGCCCGACCCCCACUCCGUCCCCCAGACCCGCAGCACAAGCUCUGCCAGCCACGUGCUGGCCUGCCCUCCCGGGGCCUGGGUGACCUCCAUAUGCAAUGGGUAACGAGCGCCGGGCCCCACACACCCUCACGCACUCUCUACGUGCCAUUCUCCCGUGACUUUUUUUUGUACUUAAUGUAUGAAAGAUCCACACUAAUAUUGCUGUAAAAAGGAGAGACAGAUUAAUAUAGCUUAUUCUAUAAAUACAUCUGUAUAUAAAGGUUUCUGUAUAUUGUAUAGAGCUAUGUAUAAACUGGAUGUAGA